UACAUCUGCCAAGACAACGUAGUGUUUCUUUCUUCCGAGAAGCGAGCACUUUCGGCAACGAGAAAAGGACCAGACUGCGAACAUUGAAGCGAGUUCACUUCUCCACUAAGGAGGUAGGCCUACAAAUCAUUGUUCCUCCUAAUCCUUGGCAGUGAGAGAACAUGGAGCAGUAUACGAUUCUUGGAAGGAUAGGUGAAGGUGCACAUGGUAUUGUGUUUAAAGCCAAACACAUUGAGAGUGGUGAAAUAUGUGCAUUGAAAAAAGUUCCAUUGCGGAGACUGGAUGAUGGAAUACCAAAUACAGCAUUGAGGGAAAUUAAAGCUCUGCAAGAGAUUGAGGAAAAUCCUUAUGUUGUCAAACUGCGGGAGGUAUUUCCCCAUGGCACUGGGUUUGUGCUCGUCUUUGAGUACAUGCUGUCCGACCUGUCCGAAGUGGUCCGUAACUCACAGCAGCCGUUGACGGAGGCCCAGGUCAAGAGCUAUAUGAUGAUGCUGCUGAAGGGGAUUGCCUACUGCCACGAAAACUCCAUCAUGCACAGGGAUUUGAAACCAGCUAAUCUGUUAAUCAGUGAGACGGGACACCUGAAGAUUGCCGACUUUGGCCUGGCGAGGGUAUUCAGUAAUGAGGAAGGCAGACAGUACAGCCACCAGGUGGCAACAAGGUGGUACAGGGCUCCUGAAUUGUUGUAUGGAGCUAGGAAAUAUGACGAAGGUGUUGAUCUCUGGGCAGUUGGCUGCAUCUUCGGAGAGCUUCUCAAUAACUCCCCACUCUUCCCCGGAGAGAACGACAUCGAGCAGCUAUGCUGUGUGCUACGUGUGUUGGGAACACCCACUGAGAAGACAUGGCCGGGAAUGGAGCAGUUGCCAGACUACAACAAGAUCACAUUCCCAGAGAAUCCGCCCAUACCAUUUGAAGAGGUGGUACCAGACGCAUCACCAGAGGCCCUGGACUUGUUGAAGAAGUUUCUUGUGUAUCCUUCAAAGCAGAGGAUAUCUGCGGCAGAGGCCCUCCUGCAUCCGUACUUCUUCACCGAACCUCUGCUGGCCCACCACUCUGAGCUACCCAUUCCCAAGCACGGCAAGAAAGUGCGACAUCGCGGCCAGAACCCCAAAGAAUACGACAUUGAUGUUCCGUUGGAGCAGUCCCUGGUGGAUCCAGACUUGCUGACUCCGUUUGUCUGAUCAGCUCAAGGAAAGAAGCUGACGUACAAAGACUGCAGGAUCUGUGCUCUCUGUACAUGUGCUAUUCAGUGGUGACGAAGAGAGACUAGAAUCAUACCAGUGAUAUCAUUUGCCUUUGACCCCUUGUAGAGGAUGAAAGUCACUUUUGUACACAAUCCGAUGAAAAUUCUGUAUUGAGAACUCUGGGCCCAUAUGUGAGCUAGUAGACAGGCAUGUUAUUCCUCCAUGCCUGGACCCGAGAAAAAGCAAAGUCAACAAAGUGAAGACAUUAGGAGGACUUGCCCAGGUCUUCAUAAAGUUGUCCUCUCAGAAAAAGAGUUUUAGAAUAAUUGAUGGGGUCAAAAUGAAGAGGAAUAAUGAAGGAAAUUAGCAUUAAACUGAUUUGCAUAAUUGCUCAUGCACACUGCUCAGAACUGGCACACGCAAGCGAUUUGUCACCCCAACGGAGAUCAUUGCUUAGGUAGAUUCCUCGCCACAUGGAUGGAGCUGGCCCCCAAACUAAGUCCAGGGGGUAACCAGAAAGUGGCAAUGAGUGUUGAACAUGUGACUGAUGGUUUUGUUCUUUUUUAUUUUAUUUAUUGGAGAGAGAAAAUAAAUAUGUAUAUACCUGAA